AUGGGUGGCGGUCCGGGACGGUUAGUCGGACUCCUCGGACCGCUCAGAAACCAUUUUGGGUACGAACCGGGCUUACUGGAACAUGUUGGACCGGUUUGGUGCGAGCUGAACCGGACUAGAACGCAUCUGGACAGCUUGGAGAUGCGCUGGGCUCCAGCUGAACCGGUCUGGGCAAAUUUCCAAGUCGCUUGGCUUCGGAGAAGCUGUUGGGCCGCGGACACUCAUGCAUUUGGACGGAGGAAGCGGGCUAGGAGGAUGCUUUGCACGCGGGCCAAACGCGGGCCUCUCGGGCCGAGGGAUGUGAGAAUACCGCGGGCCUGGUGCGGGCUGGCAGUUGAGAGGUAG